GGGUUCGGUAUCCAGGCAAUGAAAAUGGCGGAAUAUAGAAAGAAUCUUAAUUUAAAAGAUAAUGAUUUAGAACGUGUACUAAGUGGACAUGUUCGAAAUAUACCAAAACAACAAUCAUCCGUUAUAAGAAUAUUUCUAAGUUCAACGUUUACUGAUAUGCAAGAGGAGAGAAAUGUCUUAAUGAGAGAAGCUUUUCCACUUAUAAGGAAAUUUUGCAUUAGCAAAGGUUUAGAUUUUCAAGUUGUCGAUAUGAGAUGGGGAGUAAGGGAAGAAGCCCAAAUUGAUCAUAAAACUACCGAAUUAUGUUUAAAUGAAGUAGAAAAUUGCAGAAAUUUAUCAGUUGGACCUUGUUUUGUGGCUCUUUUAGGCGAUAAAUACGGCAAUCGACCUUUUCCCAACAAAAUCAAUAAAGAUGAAAUGGAUUUAUUAAAACGUUGCGCUAGAAUGGAGGCACGCAAUACGAAGUUGUUAGACGAGUGGUUUGAAUUGGAUGAAAAUGCAGUACCAAAAGAAUACGUUCUGAAACCAAUCACAUCCAUUAUUCCUGAUUACAACAAUAUAGAUCAACCCGAAUUAAUGAAAGCGGCGAAUGAUGAAUGGAUGGCCGUUUGUGAUAUAAUAACAAGUUUAUUAAGACAUUCAGCAAACUACGCUUACGCUACUGGAAAACUAAAUGCUGAAAAGAAACAAAAAUAUUUUUGCUCUGUAACUGAAAACGAAAUAAUACAAGGAAUUCUGAAAAACGUUGACGAUUCAGACAAUAAUUGCCUAUGUUUUUAUAGAACGCUUGAAGAUGUUAAUAUAGAUGAUCCUUUAGCACGUCGAUUCAUUGAUGUAGAAGGUGGACAAGUUGACGUUGACGCCCAAAGUCUAUUGCAUGAUUUAAAAAAAUUAACUUUACCCAGCGUCUUUAAAUCAAAAAAUAUUUUUAAAUAUAACAUAAAAUGGACAAAACAUGGAGUUGAUCCUAGCUACGUCGAACACUCUGAAUAUUUAGAGCAAUUCUGUAAAGAUUUUGCAGAAAGUGUUAUAGGGCUAAUUCGGAGAAAAUUAGAUUCUGAUGAGAGAUUUAAAACAAAUGCUAUGAUUGCUAAAUCUCUUUACUCGGAAAUAGUUCAUCAUUCUACUUUCUGUUUUAAAAAAAUUGUCUCGUUCUAUGGUAGAGAAGAUUUGUUGAGAGAGGUACAAGACAAAUUACAGACGAUAAAACCGAAUCCCCAUUUUAAUCAAAACUCUGUUGAGGAGACGAAAGAAAAGGAUGGAGGAAUUUCUGAGGAUAGUACUGCUAGUGCAAGUGAUGAGGAUGAUGAUGAGACACAAGGGGGCGACGAAAAAGAAAAGAUAAAUGAAACAAAAUAUGAACACUUGAAAGAAGUUGUUAUUGAAAAAGAACACAGCGAUUUGCCCCUAGAUCACAGUUUGCAGCAAGAAUUACUGUACGAGCAUGUAAAUGAAUAUAGAAAACCGUUAAUUCUGCAUGGAAUUUCCGGUAGCGGUAAGACCGCUUUGAUGGCUAAAAUUUGCGAUAUGGGUGAGAAAUGGUUUGGGGGUAAAGUAGUACGCAUAAUCAGGUUUCUUGGUACUAGUCCCCAGAGCUAUAAUAUUAAAGAAGCACUAAUAAACGUUAUUCAACAAAUAUGGUUUAACUAUAGCGUAAAUCCUCCAUCUGAUCUGGACUUGAGUGCAGAUUUUUCAUACUUGAUAUUAUAUUUUGAAGCACUCCUCCAUAGAAUCGAUACGUCCAAUAGACCUCUACUGAUUAUACUUGACUCAAUUGAUCAAUUAAAUUCUGACAAUUAUGCUCACUCUUUGCAAUGGUUGCCUCGAUUCAUGCCACCUACAGUUUUUAUGAUAAUAUCAUUUAUCUCCGAUUUUAAAGAUUGCCUUGAAAUUGCUAAAAGUAGGAUAGGAGAAGACGAUAGAUUCGUUGAGAUAACUAAUUUACCAAAAGAUUCAGCUCAAAUUAUCCUAGAUUCGUGGUUUAAAGCGGUUGGAAGGACUGUAACACCUGAACAAGAGUUAUAUGUUAUUGGAUGGUAUAAGCAAUGCGAACAACCUUUAUAUUUGAAAUUAGCUUUUGAACAAGCUGUCAAAUGGUCCUCUUUCACUCCUAGAGAAGAUUGGCGUAUUGAAAAGAGUGUUGAAUUAAGUAUAGAAAGGCUUUUCCGUAAUUUAGAAAAAACUCAUGGAGAGAUUCUUGUCUCUAAGGCAUUAGGAUACUUAACCGUUGCACGUAGUGGACUUGCCGACGCUGAAUUGGAAGAUAUUUUAAGCUGUGAUGACGAUGUACUUCAAGAUUUAUAUAUUCACCAUUUACCACCCGAUCCUAAGGUUGUUCGUCUUCCCCCUCUCCUAUGGAAGAGAAUUCGCCACUCAUUAGGAGAAUACCUUGUUGAAAGACGGGCUAAUGGAAAGGAUGUAGUCUUCUGGUAUCAUAGAACUUUCCAGGAAACCGCUCAGAAAAGGUACGCUUGUGAAGAAAAAUUAAGAUCUCUCCAUUCAUCCAUUGCCGAUUACUUCGAAGGGAAAUGGGCAAAUUGUAUCAAGCCUAUCGAAUUCUUUAAGAAAAAGAUCGCAACUUUUUCAGAUUGUAGUCGACAAUCGCCUGAGCAGCCUAUAAUGCUCGCUGAAGGGAUAUAUAAUCUACGAAAAUUACAAGAAUUACCUUUUAAUCUUAUACACGCACUUCGAUUCGAUGCAUUCGUUAGAGAUAUUUGCUCCAAUUUUAAAUGGUUAUACUCUAAGAUAAGGGCAACGUCCAUAGACGAAGUUAUGUUUGAUCUCGAUUUGGCUUUGAAUGUUAUACGAGAAUUUCAAUUAAUGACAGUCAAUAUGGAAACAGAUUCAUUAAGUGCAAGUAGCUUGAUAGAAUUUGGCCAAGGCUUUAUUAAGUCAAAAACUGCGGUUGAAGACUGCGAACACGAGGUUAGGAGUUUGAAGAAUGCUUUCACUUUGAACCGAGAUGUGAUUAGGAAAGAUGUUAAUCAUUUAGCGAUUGCCCUUUUAGGGCAGUUCGUCGACGUUCCACCUCCUUCAAGGUGUUUAGCAGCAUUGAAAGAACAGGCUGCAGAAUGGGUUGAAAGAGUUAGAAUUCCACUUAUGCUACCAAUUACACAAUGCCUUCUUGCUCCUGGUUUCAAUUUAUUAAUGAAUAUAGAUUCUACAAUUUUCUAUAUGGGAGACCCUAAAAGUAAUGAAAGCAAGCUGGUUGUAUCAAGCGAUCAUCGAUCAUUAUAUGUUUGCGAAAGAACUCAUUCUAAAGGGGAUAUAAUUAAGAUAUUCCAUUUGGAACAAUUAGGAAAUGUUGUAUCCCUUCCGCAACUCACGAAGACUGUAAAAUCAAUAGAUUUAAGAGGAAAAGAUGAUCAAUUUAUAAACAUUACGGCUUAUGACCGACGAGACGAAUAUGAUCCUAUCGUCUCAACCUUAAUAAUUGACCAAAGAACGCAGGAUGAGAUUCUGCCGCCAUCUGGCGCCAAACGACUGUUUUAUUCAAAAACGGGUCGAUGCUCCAUAGUUCCCGGGAUUUUUAAUGGCAAACCGGAGAAUGAAACGCAAACAUUUAUCGGUUCUUUGAUUGAUCAUGAAAACAAUGCAAACCAGUCAGGUAUUCCCAUAUCAAUAAAAAAGGCAGAUUAUUUUAAAAUCAUACGAGGCGUCGAAUUUUGUUUUGAUGAUUCCUAUUUUAUAAUAACAAGUGCGAAUGCCCAUGGUGUAUGGAUGAUUUAUAAGGGAAAGCCUAGAUAUCAACACCUAUGGAAGGAUGUAGACGAUGCCGAAAAUGCUUUUACUGGAUUUGAGAAUUCGAAGGGCGAUUUGGCUGUUUUAAGUCAAAGUCAGGCUAUAACUUCGAAUGGUUACUUUCUAAGUUCUGGUUUCAAAUAUGAUGACGAAGGAAAAUUGUAUGUUAGAAAUAUUAAAACCGGCGAAUUAGUUUGGAUACUAAAUGGUGGAGACUAUGAUUUAAACUUUGUAAGCCUCGACCCAACUGAGAGAUUAGUUGCUGUGGCAUCAUCGGCCUCUUUUGUGACGUCGAACAAAGUACCGAAAGCUGUCUCGAUUUUUAAUUUGGAAAGUGGGAAAUUACAUACGACUAUUAAAGAACGAACGCCAUGUUCUCUAUUGGAAUUUUUCGAAACAUCGUAUAUCGUAACCUGCAAAUUAUACAAUGGUCAUGUACUUCAAUUCUGGUACAUAGGCGAUGUAAAUGAUCCAUGUCCGGACCCUCAAGUUAUGUUUGAAAUAACGUCGCAUGAUGGCACCGUUAUCUUCUUCAAUGCUCUAGAGGAUAAGGGUCUAAUCAUAACCGCUAGCUUAGAUAAUACCAUCAAACUAUGGGAUUAUAAAAAAAUUCUCACCGAAAUUCGAAACAAAGUGGAAGAUUAUAUGCAAGAAGAUCGUAGAGCAGAAAUAAAACUGCAAAAAAUGGAGAUGCUGCAGCGACCUUUGAAAUUCCAAGAAGGGGCUAUGGAUGUAUGCGGUGUUGCGAUUAAUGGGCUUAAUGGAACUGCAGUGGUCGUGACUCUAGAUCAAUUAAUAAUCUGUUAUAACUUGAAUGACGGAACAGAAAGAUACUUUGUUAAACUCGACUACCGUGUGAACAGUUUAGCCAUUACAAAAGAUGGAAAGUAUAUUAUUACAGCAGGAGAGAAGAGCUGCGUAUACGAUGCGAACAGCGGUAAAUUACGACAUAUACUGGAAGAAUGUAAGAACGUAAAUUACGUAGUAGAAUCAAACGGAAUAGCUAUAAUAUCUAAAGGCGGUAUGGAGGGGAUAGGACAUAUAUAUUCCGUGGAGGAUGGAAAGUACAUAAGAAAGCAGGACACUUUGUAUGGUUUUAAUUUUGCAGCAAUUACCUCGGACGGAAAAUACGGCGGAACAACUAUAUUUGAUUUUCCUAUGAUUUUUCCCACGGAGAAUGAAGAUAAUAGUGGAUUUCAAAUGCCGGAUACGAUGAUGGCUUCGUGCUCUUGCCUUAAGUUUAGUCCCGACGAUAAAAUGUUGAUAUCAGCCAGCACGGAUGGAACAGUUCGGGUUCUGGAGUGUCCGUCGAGCAAAUAUCGCUUCCAAAUGCGUCACAAUUCCUCCGUCACCAAUAUAGCGUUUGCCGAAAAAGAGAAGCAUAUAUUAACAACUUCCUUCCGUAAUAUACUUGUAUGGUGCUCAAAAACAGGCAGCCUAAUUUACGCCUUAAAACGCCAUACGAAUUUUAUACAUAAGAUAUUCUUCUCCUGCUCUGGAAGAUUUCUGAUAACUUGUUCAAUCGAUAAAAGAAUAAUCUUAUGGGAUUACGAACGUAAAUGUUCUAUCGCUGAUUUUCACGCUCACGGCGCUGUUAAACAUAUGGAUGUUGAUCCUAAUCUCGAUUACAUAAUAUAUACACCAACAAACAUCAGUUACAUGGCUCUAAUAAAACCCAAUAAUAUGCUGAAGAAUAUAAUCAAAUGCGGAGAAAGCAAUGCGAUACCAACACCUGUUCAGCAAGCACAGGCUGUUGCCUUAGCCUUUUCCAGUUCGAGUGUCGCUUUGAAAACGUCAAAAGCGUGUUGCAUACUUUAAGUGAUUUGUUUUUUUUUUCAAUAUACGCAAGUAAGAAAGAAAGAAGAAAAAAAACAACUAAAUAGUAAAUAUAUAUAAUAUAUAUAUAUAAAUAGACAAGGAAAAUUUUUUGCCAAUAUUUUUAAUGAUUUAUUACGAAAUGGUUGCUAAAUAAAUUGGGUAAACGAUUCAGAUUGAUUUUUAGAUAGGUAUAUAAAGAAAUACUAUGACGAUUCAUCUGAAGAAUAUUAUAAAUUUUAGGAUUUCAAACAAUAAAUGUUAUGAUACGAAUGAUUAAUUUAUUUAUAGGGGAAUCGGUAGAGAGAGGAACAAUGAAUAAAUGAAUGAAUGGAUGGAUAAAUGAAAAAAGAUUGAAUGAAUGAAAGAGAGAUUUAAAAUAUGAUAGAAAUAAAAAAUCAUAUUAUUUACCCUAUUAUUUUGAGAUAAGAGGU